AUAUUCGGUCCUAUCCUGCCUAUCAUGAAAGUUGACUCUGCCGAGGAGGCAGUGAACUAUAUCCGCUCCAAGGAAAAGCCUCUGGCUUGCUACGUUUUCACUCGCAACGCCGACGUCUUCUCUCUUUUCAAGCAAAAUACCUCUAGUGGUAGUUUAACUCAAAAUAGUUGUUGCACCCAUUUCCUGGGUAAGUUAAUCUCCGGUUGCACUUGUUGUUCGCUCUGA